CGCUCCGACCCGCGCUUGCUCUCCCAGUUCUUUUAUGCCGACGAGAGGGUGACACGGGUGGUGGCAGAGAUCAACGGGCUGGAUGCCGAACUGGACCCGCAGCAGUACCUGGUGCUCCUCAACCAGCUCCACCUCAGCCAGGCUCACCUGCUGGCGGUCCUGGAGCGGAUCAUGGAGGAGUGCAUCCCCACACGGCGGCACAGCCGUGACUACCUGGUCAAGUUCCCCGAGGAGCUCUUAGUGGACAACCUGGGGAACCACAUGCUGUUUGCUGCCGAGUGUCUCCUAGCUGGGACCUUCCUGGAGGUGGAGGAGGCAGAUGGGGCACAGCUGCGACCCCAGGCCAGGAACCUGCUGUGCAGCCUGGAGCAGGUGCGGACAGUGCUGCGGGAGCAGAGCCUGAGCCAGCCCAGCUCCUACCCAGAGCCUGUCCAGGCUGUGCUUGUCCAGUUUGACCGACUCUUUGCGGAGUUUGAGCUGAGCUAUGUGUCCUCACUGGUGGGAGUGAAAUCUCCUGAGGAGAUCUACAGGCAGCAGGAGAUCAUUGUGCUCUUCUGUGAGACAGUGGAGAGAGCCCUGCGCCUAGGCUACCUGACCCAGGAGAUGAUUGAUGGCUAUGAACCACUGCUAAUGUUCACCAUCCCUCGCCUGGCCAUUAUCAGUGGCCUCCUCAUCUACCCUGAGGGUCCCCUCAGCCUGGAGCGGAGCCCUGAGGAGAUGUCCCAGGUCUUCAGCCCCUUCUACAACCUCCUGAAGAAGAUCAGCCCUCAGCUCCUCAGGAGCUGCCCGGGAACAGGGCUCGAUGCCACACGAGGUACUCACUGCUGGGAGCUGCGCUCCCGCUACAGCAGCACCAAGGACAUGCUGCACACCCUCUUCGUCUGCAUCUCAGGGGUGGCUGAUCAGCUCCAGACCAACUUUGCCAGUGACAUGCGGAGCAUCUUGAAAACAGUCUUCAAGAUCGUGGCCUCACCAGCGGAACCCUCAGAGGAGUCAAGUGCCAGGCAAGAGAAGGGUGCCAACUCCUGUGUGGCAGAUGCUCCUCGCAUGGCUGACUGCCCACUGUGCUCCAGCCCCACGGAGGCUACUGGGCUCCGGAGGGCAGGUACCCAUCACCUGCCCGAGUGGGUGCCGGACAGCACGUGCAGCCAGUGCUCUGCCUGCCGCUCGCCCUUCACCCUGCUGCGCCGCCGGCACCACUGCCGCAGCUGUGGGAAGAUCUUCUGUGCUCGCUGCUCACCACAUGCCGCGGCACUGCCGCACUACGGACAGCAGAGACCAGUCCGUGUCUGCACCCACUGCUACACUACACACCUCUCGCCUGCGUCCCGCUGCGCCCGGAGCCAGUGA